AUGACUACUACUACCACCACAACAACAACAACAGCAUUAUUAGACACCCUAUCAACCGAGGUGACGAACCUUGAUCAGUCAGGGACUGAUAGCUUGAACGACUUGCUACAGGAUUCCAAUGAGUUUUUAGCUGAACUAAGACUAAUAGAAUUAGACCUAAUUGAAGAAGUGAAUAGCCAACAGAAUGAACACACAAACCAUAAACCAGUGGACUCGGUAGACAAAUUACUGAAACUAUCCGAUAAAUGGUACAAGUCUUCUAUUUCCAGAUUAAAGUCAUAUAAUUCUGCAAAUAACAAAUUCAGUAAAAAUAUUUUGAAUAACCCCAAGUUUAGUAUUGAGUUGGAUGAUGCGUAUACUUACCCAUUGCUAUUAAACAAUUAUCCACACAAUAAUCAGAAAGAUGACCACGAAAGCCAUGCAUCAACAAUAAGUAAAGAAUCUAAUAUGGGAACAUCAAAAGAUCCUUAUUCAAUACUUUCAAAAUCAAGCCAGUUGGAGAAAAUCAAAAAUGAAAAUAGAGAAGAACUUAUUAAGGCUAUUGUUCUUCAUUUAUUGAAAACUGGUCAGUGUGAAAUUGUUCCAGAAGUCUUAAAAGAAUUGCCUGCAAACACGUCAAGUGUUAUUGACCAAGACCUAUUUAAGAAAUUUGAGAUUUUGAAUCAAAUAGUUGAUAAUAUAAUAACUAGGCAUGAUUUGUCAAUGGCACUUCAAUGGUUUCAAAAAAAGUAUAAUGAAAGAGUAGCCAUUAAUGCCAAAAAUUCAACUUUGCCACCGAAUACAAGUGCAGACACAUUUGGAUCUAUUAAUCUAUCUUGGGAUCAGAAUGAUUCCUUUUAUGAUAUUGAAUUUAAGUUUCAUAUGCUACAGUUUACAAUUUUACUAAAUGGAGAGAAUUCAUCCUUCACACUUGAUAAUGCACUCAAAGCUUAUUUAUAUUCAAAAGACAAUUUUUCCAAGUUCUUCAAAGAUUACAUUAAUGAGAUAUCACCAUUGAUGACAUUGUUGCUAUUCCGAACAGAUAAAGAUACUGAAACUCUUGAUGAUUUCUCAAAAAAGCAUAUGGUUACUACUGUUAAAAGUUUUAUUACAAAAAUGAAGCAGGGAUUUUAUAUGGAGAAUGAACGUAAUCAAAGAGGUAUGGGUCAUGGGGGUGAGGCAAAGUUUGUAUAUGAGUUGUUAGCAAACUUUGAAAAUAUUCAUGAUAGUGGUAAUUUAUUCACCAAUCUUGCUAACGAAUUUAUUGCGGAAUAUUGCAAGGAUUUGAAAUUAUCUAACGAUUCGUCAUUGUUCCAAAGUGUUUUAGCAGGACAUAUAUACUUGCCAAGUUUUUAUAAAUAUAAUCAAAUUCAAUUGAAAUUGAAAAAGUUGAAACUGGUUUCCGGGAGCAAACUAAGUGAAGAUAGUUCUGGUGUAUCGAACUCGACAAAUAGCAUAUCUGAUAACCAAGUCGAAAAUUUUGUGGCAACGUAUCAUUUUGAGUUACCGUUUCAAUUGCCAGACUCCAAUAGGUUUUUAUUUAAGUAUCAUCCUAUUUUUAUUUGUCCAGUUUCGAGGGAACAGUUAAUCCCUAUCACCGAAAAUGGUUAUACAACACAGGCUGUUGUGUUAAACUAUUGUCAACAUUUGGUAUUGAGAGAUAGUAUUUGGCAUUUAUCGAAAAAGGGUAUAGAUAUCUUCAAGUGCCAUUACUGUUACAAGAAACAUAAGUACAGUGAUGUCACAGAUGCAUAUUUCAUCGACUUGUAA